GACCUGAAGCUGAAAGUUAGAAUGAAGAUAUCUGUUAUUUGGGUCAUCUUCUUCUCCCUCCUGGUGUUUGACAAUGGAAUUCAAUGCUCUCAUGGAGCUGGCAGAAAGCUCCAGUCUGCUUCAACAGAGCAGCCUUACAGGACUGCCUACCACUUCCAGCCUCCCAAAAACUGGAUGAAUGAUCCAAAUGGUCCAUUGUACUACAAGGGAAUUUACCAUCUGUUCUAUCAAUACAAUCCUUAUGCUGCAGUGUGGGGUAACAUAUCAUGGGCUCAUUCAAUAUCAUAUGAUCUUGUCAACUGGAUUCAUCUUGAUCAUGCACUUUCUCCGGAGGAUCCUUUUGAUAUCAAUGGUUGCUGGUCAGGCUCAACCACAAUCCUUUCCAGGGAAAAACCUGUCAUUUUAUACACCGGAAGUGAUACUGAAAAUCGCCAAGUUCAAAACUUGGCUGUGCCAAAGAACUUAUCUGAUCCUUUCCUAGUGGAAUGGGUAAAAUCGUCUCAUAAUCCUAUAAUGACCCCUGUUGAUGGUAUUGAUCCACAGAACUUCAGGGACCCAACAACUGCUUGGCAAGGUCCUGAUGGAUUAUGGAGAGUCUUGGUUGGAAACCGGAUGAAUGGCCAUGGAAGGGCGCUUCUGUAUCGAAGUCAAGAUUUUGUUAGCUGGACUAGGAGUAAAGAUCCUCUUCACUCUUCCACAAAAACUGACAUGUGGGAAUGUCCUGAUUUUUAUCCAGUUGCCAUUGAUGGCAAAUAUGGAGUUGAUACCUCUUCACAGGAAAAAUUCACAAAACAUGUACUCAAGGCAAGCUUCAACCACCAUGAUUACUACAUACUAGGAAAUUACACGCCCACUACAGAUAACUUUUCAGUUGACACUGAUUUCAUGGACAAUGGUUCAGAUUUACGAUACGAUUAUGGUCAAUUUUAUGCUUCUAAGACAUUUUUCGACAGUGCCAAGAAGAGACGGAUCUUGUGGAGCUGGAUACAAGAGUCUGAGAAUACAACAUAUGACAUCAAGAAAGGUUGGUCUGGUCUCCAGUCGAUUCCUAGGAGCAUUCUGCUCAGUAAAACCGGUAAGCAAUUAAUCCAGUGGCCAGUUGAAGAGAUUGAGGAGCUCCGCGCCAAAAAUGUCAGCUACCAGAGCAAGCAACUAAAGGGUGGAUCUAUACUUGAAGUCUCAGGCAUUACAGCCUCACAGGCAGAUGUAGAAAUUUCAUUUGACUUGUCCAAUAUAAAGGAAGCUGAAUUAAUGGAUCCAAGUUGGGUUGAUCCUCAACUAAUCUGCAGUCAAAAGACAGCAUCUUUUCGAGGCAGUGUUGGACCAUUUGGAAUAUUGGUUUUAGCUUCCGAAGACUUGACAGAGCAAACGGCAAUCUUCUUUCGCAUCUUCAGAAGUAAUGGCAAGUAUGUCGUGCUCAUGUGCAGUGAUCAGAGCAGGUCAUCUUUAAGGGAAGGACCAAACAAAGCCAGCUAUGGAGCUUUCAUUGACAUAGACCCUCUUUACGAGAAGAUUUCUCUUAGAAGUCUGAUAGAUCAUUCUAUAGUCGAGAGCUUUGGUGGGGAAGGAAGGGUUUGCAUCACAGCCAGAGUUUAUCCCAAGCUGGCCAUUGAUGAGCAAGCCUACCUAUUUGCAUUCAACAACGGGACAUUUGAUGUCACUAUUUCAAACCUCAAUGCCUGGAAUAUGAAGAAAGCUCAAAUAGUUUCUGCCACAAAAAGAAGAAAGCCGCAUCUCAACUGA